AUGAAGGGUCUAAAUCUCUUAGUGAAGAAGGUGCAGGAGGAUGAUGAUUCUAAACAGCAGCGAUGGAGUGUUUUUAAAACACAGUGUAAGAUCAACUUUCGUGCUUGCAAGAUGAUAAUUGAUGGUGGCAACUUUAAUAACGCCAUUAGCAGAGAUCUAGUGGAAGCUUUGGGUAUGUCCAUGUGGCGGCACCCACGGCCGCACCACGUGGAGUGGUUGUACAAUUCUGGUAAAUUAAAAAUCACACACAAGCCUCCCUCUCCGCUCGCGCCGGUGUGCACCCUCCCUCCCAUCCCUCUCCCCUACCUUUGCCGCCCAUCUUCGCCACCGCGCAUCCAUAGGAGCAACACGAGUGGCGCGCCAUGGGGCGACACCGCCGACUUCUUCUCAUCACCUCGCCGCGUGCUGUUCCUGCGGGUUGUCGCUGCGGGGGCCGGGUGCGCCCUCCUCGCGCCUGCGGAGGAUGACGAGGGCGAGGACGCGGAGGCCGGCGAGGGGGGAGGCGGCGGAGGGUUGCGCCUGGUGGCCAUCCGGUGGGCCCGCGUCACCUGCGCCCUCAAGAACAAGCGCGGGGACAUGGUGAGCCGCUCUGGUACGAGCACACUCGUGUGUGAUCCCGGGCGCCGCAGGGCCAGCGACAAGUGCGUGAAGGAGAAGCGCAAGACCAUCAACGGAGACGACCUGAUCUGGUCCAUGGGCACGCUCGGCUUCGAGGACUACGUCGAGCCCCUCAAGCUGCACCUCAAGCUCUAUCAGCAGGCCUUCGAGUUCAAGAGGCUUCUGCUUUACUAUGACAACGUACACGACCAACAAGUUCUGCUGAUGAGUAGCAUCUCUUAUUUAGCCAUUGUUUCAGCAAUUUUCACUUCUGCAGACAUGUGUUCUGGUUUUCAGUUCCUGCAUAGGCAUGGCUGAUAAGAUAAAGAAUAACAACUGUAUAAAUGGAGGUGGUUGGGUAGCAUGGAUUAUGCUGGACUGACUAAGCUCGAGUCCAAAUUUCCUUCAUUGUGAAUUCAGUUAGCCAUUGUUUGAGCAAAUCAUUUCUGCAUACAUGUGUACUGGGGUUAGUACUAUCUACUAUGGUGAAUGCCAUGCAAAUAGUUAACUUGCUUCAUUUGAUUGCCUGCUACAUCUCCACUUAAGUACUCAUAAUGCUACUGUCCAGAUCUUGUUCAAUUGGACUGACUACACAUCUCUUGUUAAAAUUGUGGUCUUGAUCUUUUGUUUAAACCUGAGACAUCAUGCAUAACUAGCUUUUCCUUUUCAGUCUAAACCUGAGACCUCUUUUGUUUUAUAUUCAGUUCUAUGACUAAUGGUCACACUACUGUUUUGUUGUGCUUGAUAAACCUGAGACCUCUUUCUAUUCUUCUUCAGGUCACACUGCUGUUUUGCUGUGGUUGAUAAACCUGAGACUUCUUUCUAUUUUUCAAGGCUGUUUUGUUUAGGCUAGCCAUGGAGCAGAAAGAACGACAUUGCUACUUCAACAAGAGGGAAGACCCGAUGAGGCCAUGAUGCUUACCUUGCUAGAGUGCGUCAACCCCGGCCAUGGCACAACAUUCAUAGUCUUGAGGUAGCCAUGCUGCAACUGCAUCAAUGAUAUCCUCUCUGACUAGAUAAGUCUUUGGUCUAUCCCAUUAUUUUCUUUUGUUCUUUGGUCGAUGGGCCAUGAUGCCAUGACAUAUACUAUUGUGUUGAUUCCCUAUGUGAUGCAGAAGCUAUGGUGUUUUGUUUUAAGUCUGUUGUAAAUUGUAAUUGAUAAUGAUUUGUGUAAAAUUAGUGUAGAACAUAUGUCUUGUUAUCUUAAAUCGUUCGUGUCGUGCGCCAUUUCUGGAA